GGUAGCUCCCAUCCGCAUCCACUUCUCUCCCCCCCCUUUAAUUGGAUUCGCCCGAAGGGACCUGUUUCUUCACCGAGUCUACGCGGACGAGACCACUCGCCACCGAACCGAUUUCAUCUUCUCUGCCUAUCCCCCCACCCCUGUCCUCAGCGCCCGGAUACGGGAUUCAUUCUUUGCCUCUUUCCUUUGGAGUCGGUCAAGAUGCACGGACGGUUGAAGGUGAAGACGACGGAAGAACAAGCCGAAGCCAAACGCCUGGAACGGGAGAAGAAACUCCAGCAGUACGUGACGGUCACCAAGGCCAUCUUUGAGAAGAGGAAACUGGGGGAGCUGGACAAGGAAGCCUUGGAGCUGAGCAACAAAGUCCUCGGCGCCAAUCCGGAUUUUGCCACCCUCUGGAACUUCCGGCGAGAGACCUUCCUGCACCUGGAGAAGGAGGAGAGCCCGGAAGAGAUGCAAGCCUUGUGUAAGGGCGAACUUGCCUUCCUGGAAUGCUGCUUGAGGGUGAAUCCCAAAUCCUAUGGCACCUGGCAUCAUCGCUGCUGGGUGAUGGAACACAUGCCCGAGCCGGACUGGGCCCGGGAACUGGAGCUGUGUGGCAAGUUUUUGGAGAUCGACGAGCGAAAUUUUCAUUGCUGGGACUACCGGCGUUUCGUGGUACAGCGGUCCAAGGUGCUCCCCCAGGAUGAGUUGGCCUUCAGCGACAGCCUCAUCACCCGGAACUUCUCCAAUUAUUCUUCCUGGCAUUAUCGCAGCCUUCUCCUCCCGCAACUCUAUCCCGAUCCCCAGCACCAAGGCCGGAUCACGGAGGAAAUCCUUCUAAAAGGAGGGAACGAGUUAUCCUAA